CUGCUCCUCUACCCCUUCCUCUCCCGGCGACCAGCUGGCCUCUCCUUUGUUGAGGCGAGAGACCCCCACCCGAUCCGGCGAUGGACGCCGCGUCCAGGCCGCCUCCGCCCCACGGAACAGGGGUCCGCGUCCGCGCCCCGCUGGUGGAGUCUGUCUCCUGCUACUGCAGAUUAGAUACAGGCCUUAAAACUGUUGUUGAGGCCAGGAAGUUUGUUCCUGGCGCGAAAAUGUGCAUGCAACCUGAAGUCAAACAAAACAAGCGCAAGUCAAGGGGCUCAAAAAAGGAAAGGUGCAGGACUCAAGCACCACUUUUACCUGGCCUUCCUGAUGAUCUUGCUAUUGCCUGCCUUAUACGAGUUCCUCGACUUGAACAGCCCAAACUCAGGAUGGUUUGCAAAAGAUGGAACCGUCUUUUGUCUGGGAAUUACUUUUACUCCUUGCGUAAGAAAAUUGGAGUGGCAGAAGAAUGGGUAUAUGUCUUUAAAAGGGACCGUGAAGGGAAGAUAUCCUGGUAUGCCUUUGAUCCACUCCACCAGCUAUGGAAGUCACUCCCACCAGUUCCACAAGAGUAUUCAGAAGCAUUGGGCUUUGGGUGUGCCGUUCUGAGUGGUUGCUAUCUGUACUUGUUUGGCGGGAAAGAUCCUUUGAGGGGUUCUAUGAGGCGUGUUGUAUUCUACAAUGCUCGUACAAACAAAUGGCACCGGGCUCCGGAUAUGAUGAGGAAACGUCACUUUUUUGGUUCUUGUGUAAUAAACAAUUGUCUCUAUGUUGCUGGAGGAGAGUGUGAAGGAAUACAGAGGACGCUGCAGUCUGCAGAAGUUUAUGAUCCAAAUAGGAACAGAUGGGCCUGUGUUACUGAAAUGAACAAUGGGAUGGUGCCUUUCAUUGGAGUUGUAUAUGAUGGCAAGUGGUUCUUAAAGGGGCUAGAUUCCCAUCGCCAAGUAACUAGUGAGGUCUACUUACCAUCAUCCAAUACAUGGUCAGCAAUUGAUGAUGAGAUGGUCACAGGCUGGCGGAACCCAAGUAUUUCUUUCAAUGGCCGUCUCUAUUCAGCUGACUGCCGGGAUGGCUGCAAGCUUAGAGUCUAUGAUGAGAACACAGGAACAUGGACAAGGUUCAUGGACAGCAAGCACCACUUGGGCAGCUCACGUGCCUUUGAAGCUGCAGCUUUGGUGUCACUAAAUGGGAAACUCUGUGUCAUCAGGAACAACAUGAGCAUAACUCUUGUUGAUGUCUCCAACCCAACAAUGAGUGUCGAGACAGAUAGUGCGCGCAUGUGGGAAACUGUUGUUCGGAAGGGCCAGCACAGGUCGUUUGUGGCGAACUUAUGGUCGAGCAUUGCAGGACGGAACUUAAAGAGUCACAUUAUCCAUUGCCAUGUGCUGCAAGUUUGAGGUCAGGUUUUGUUAGUGGGAACAUGAUCAAGUUUUUUAAGAAGCAAAAGGUUCAGAUCAGUGACAGAACCCUCCAUUUCGAAGGUAGUAAGGUUUCAUUGCAGAAUCGCGGGGAAAAAGGUCAUUGGCGUGCCACUGCUGCCCCCAAAGUCCCAAAUAGUUAUUUGCUCUCUUCCAGAACUGAAAAUUCCAAUUACUUUCUGGCAACAUUUGAAGACUCUUAUCAUUCAUGGAUAAGGUUUUUUCAGAUUUUGAGUGCAAACCAGAAAGUGACUAGGAACUUCCCUAGUGUAAUGACAUUUUCCCCUUGCUGGCAGGCUGGGAAAUGUGUUUGGUGGAUAUAUUGGUCUCUUAUCA